AGGAUAGGCCUGAGCAUAUGGUAAUUUGGACGAAGGACUUGUCCAUUUCAUUAAUUUUACAAAGAACAUAAAAAGUGAACUAACUUCUAUCCAUAUAUGGGAAGUCUUUGCAGUCGCGGGCUCAACAACUCGACUCAACAAUUUUAUCUAAUAAGCACCUAGCCAUAUUUCUGAAACCAAACCACCCAGGAUAUAACCAUGACCAAAGAUGAAGAGGAACAGGUCAGAGAAACCAAGGAUGAAAACGACAAUCUUGAAAGCCUCCCCUCAAUUGAGCUCAAGGUCCUAUUUUUUGCCAGGGCCCGGGACCUAACCGGGCUGACACACACAGCUCUAUCAGUCAAGCCUGGGUGCACCGCCCUUGAGUGCGUAAUCGAGCUCUUGGCUAAGUUCCCAAGCUUGAGAGAGAUAAAGGAUUGCAUGGCCUUGGCUCUCAAUGAGGAAUAUGCACCAGAGACUACCAUAGUGAAGAAUGGAGAUGAAUUGGCUGUCAUUCCACCUAUAAGUGGAGGCUAAGGGUAUUCUGGCUGAAAAUGUGGGCUUUGUGUUCAUAGCUUGGUGGAAAUGGGGUCUUGUUUUGAGAAUUUGGUCAGAAAUUUCACCUUUUGUGGAAAGUUGAUGAUUUAAUCUAAGGGGUUGGUUGUUGGCUGAUAGUUAAGGAGUUGGUUAUGAGAGAUUUGAAAGACAAGAAUGUAGACGAGAGAGAGAGAGAGAGAGAGAGAGAGAGAGAGUAG